CUUCCUGUUAACAGUGGGAUCACUGUUGCGUCGCCUUUUCGUGGAAAAUGCAGAGAAGGUGAAUCGCUUUCUGGCAUCGACAUAUUCUACGAAAUACGUUUACAACCGUUACUUAAAAGAUCAUGAAGGCAGUGGACCGCCGCCACGAUUUAUGUGUGCGCGUGUGAUGGCAGUAGGCUCGCAGUCAUAUGAGAGUGAUUCCAGCGGCACCAGGAACGGGGAACUUCAAACACACUCGAGUGGUCCUGAGGCGUGGUGUGUACCUAACGGAAGAUGAGUCUGUAUGGAGGAGGAGGAGCUUGUGGAGGGGGAGGUGCCUAUGAUCGAUCACGUGACCGCCGUCGCUCUAGCGACCGCUCCCGAGACUCCUCCCACGAGCGUGGAGAGGGACAACUCACACCCUGCAUCCGCAACAUCACGUCCCCCACAAGACAGCACAACGAGCGCGAGGGCGGCUCUCGUCCAGGCAGCCCGCGGCCCCAGCGCGUGUCCCCCACCAGCAGGAGUGUGUGUGUGGAGGGCCGGAGUGUGUGUGUGGAGGGCCCCCCCAAGGCGCUGGGCGUGGGGGGGGAGAUGGUGUUUGUGUACGAGAGCCCCAAAGACGGCAGCACGGCACGCCAGAGGACCGCCGAGAGGGUCACACUCAUCGUGGACAACACACGCUUCGUAGUGGACCCCUGCAUAUUCACCGCCCAGCCCAACACCAUGCUGGGGAGGAUGUUUGGCUCUGGCCGAGAGCACAACUUCACGCGGCCCAAUGAGAAGGGAGAGUUCGAGGUAGCCGAAGGCAUCAGCUCCACCGUCUUCAGAGCCAUCCUGGACUACUACAGGUCCGGUGUGAUCCGCUGUCCUGAUGGAAUCUCCAUCCCUGAGCUCAGAGAAGCCUGCGACUACCUCUGCAUCUCCUUCGACUACAGCACCAUCAAGUGCAGAGACCUCAGUGCGCUGAUGCACGAGCUGUCCAAUGACGGCGCGCGGCGUCAGUUCGAGGCGUACCUGGAGGAGAUGGUGCUGCCGCUGAUGGUGGCCAGUGCCCAGAGCGGAGAGAGGGAGUGCCACAUCGUAGUGCUCACCGACGACGACGUGGUGGACUGGGACGAGGAGUACCCGCCUCAGAUGGGAGAGGAGUACUCACAGAUUAUUUACAGUACAAAACUCUAUCGCUUCUUCAAAUACAUCGAGAACCGAGACGUGGCCAAGUCCGUUCUGAAGGAGCGAGGCCUCAAGAAGAUCCGACUAGGCAUAGAAGGCUACCCCACGUAUAAGGAGAAGGUGAAGAAGCGUCCCGGGGGUCGUCCGGAGGUCAUCUAUAACUACGUGCAGCGCCCCUUUAUCCGCAUGUCGUGGGAGAAGGAGGAGGGCAAGAGCCGGCACGUGGACUUCCAGUGUGUGAAGAGCAAGAGCAUCACCAACCUGGCGGCGGCCGCCGCAGACAUCCCGCAGGACCAGCUGGUGGCGCUGGUGCUGCACCCCGGGCCGCAGGUGGACGAGCUGGACAUCCUGCCCCCCCCCCGGGCCCCCCCCCGCCCCGCUGGGCCCCCCCGCCCCCCCGCAGCACUACGCCAGCAGCAGCAGCAGCUACGAGCCCGACCCCGACGCCCCCUCGCCCGCCGUCUGACCUCACAGCAGCGCAGCGCAGCGGCACGGCACGGCACGGCGCCAUGGCAACGCCCGCCCCACCUGUCUGGGGCUCUCCGACCCCUCCCUCAAACCCCGCCCCCUGGCAUGCUGCUGUGUGUGUGUGUGUGUGUGUGUGUGUGUGUGUGUGUGUGAGAGAGCAUGUGUUUGUGGCACAUGAGCCGUGUGUGAGUGGGCAUGCGUGUGUGUGUGAUUGUGAGUGAGUUUGCAUGUAUGAGCUUGUGUGAGUGUAUGUGAGUGAAUUGUGUGUAUGCAUAUGUGGCAGACAAGUGUGUGUGGAUGUGAAUGAAAGAAUGAAUGUGUGUGUGUGGCUAAAAGUGUGUUUGUGUAUGUGUCUGUUAGUGUGUGUGUGUGUGUGUGUGUGUGUGUAUGUGAGUGAUUGAUCGUAUGUAUGUGAAUGUUAGGGUGUGUGUGUGAGUGAUUGAGCGUAUGUAUGUGAAUGUUAGGGUGUGUGUGUGUGAUUGAGUGUAUGUACAUCCGUAUGUGGCAUGUUAGGGGGUGUGUGUGUGUGUGUGAUUGAGUGUAUGUACAUCCGUAUGUGGCAUGUUAGGGUGUGUGUGUGUGUGUGUGUGUGUGUGUGUGUGUGUGUGUGUGUGAGAGAUUGAGUGUGUGUACGUCCGUAUGUGGCAUGUUAGGGUGUGUGUGUGUGUGUGUGUGUGUGUGUGUGUGUGUGUGUGUGUGUGUGUGUGAGAUUGAGUGUGUGUACGUCCGUAUGUGGCAUGUUAAGGUGUGUGUGUGUGUGUGUGUGAUUGUGUGUGAUUGAGUGUACUGUAUGCACGUCCGUAUAUGGCAUGUUAGGGUGUGUGUGUGUGUGUGUGUGUGUGAUUGAGUGUAUGUGUGUGUGUGUGUGUGUGUGUGUGUGUGAUUGUGUGAUUGAGUGUGUGUGUGUGAUUGAGUGUAUGUACAGUGCGUCCGUAUGUGGCAUGUGAGUGUGUGUGUGUGUGUGUGUGUGUGUGUGUGUGUGUGUGUGUGUGAUUGAGUGUACUGUAUGUACAGUACGUCCGUAUGUGGCAUGCUGCAGACGAGCACCUGACACCCGGCUCCCAGCAUGCACCGGGCCGGGGACUCGGAGUCGUGACCUUUGCCCUUGGGUGCCUUCUGCACUUUCCUCCUCCUCCUCAGCUUCACACACACACACACACACACACACACACUCACACACACCCUGAGGACGCUGACGAGAAGCCUUACACCCCCUGCCGUUACCAUGGCGCUGGCGGGGCAGGGCAGGGCUCCUCCCCUUUAUUUAUUUCCUGUUUGUGUGUUUGUUUUUUACAUGACCAAAGGAAAUGUAUUUUUUGUUAGUGGUUUGAGCUGCAGGGUCUGACUAACUUGUUUUUAUAACUCUGGGUUAUGGCAUCUAGUACCUCACUGGGGGGGUGG